AAGUAACGGUAGUACAGAUAAGAAUUUAUAAUAUUAUGGGAACCACGUUUCUGAACCCGAUUUCAGUAUUGAAUCUGCUGUUUUUGCUGACUUUUCCUGACAAAGGAAGCACUGAAUGCCCAUUAGGAUGGCAUCACUUUGGUUCAUCUUGCUAUUUCUUCAGCCAUGAACUUUUUACUUGGUUGAACGCUGAGUUCAGUUGUCGUGCCCACAACGCCCGUCUUGCUGAAGUUCAAUCCAAAGAACAGUCGACUUUUUUAGUUAACAUGUGUAGAACGGAAGGACCAGGUAUAAGCUAUUGGUUAGGAGGUAGAGAUGAUGUCGUAGAAGGAAGAUGGAUGUGGGCUCAAACAGACCAGGUGUUCAAUUUUACUGACUGGUAUCCUAAUGUACCAGACAACAUCGGCAGAAACGAAAACUGCUUACAUAUGUAUGCUCCAUGGAAAUUGAAAUGGAACGACGUUACCUGUGCCGGACUAUACAGAUUCAUCUGUGAAAAAGAGUAUAACAGCGAAACGAGUGCGAUUGUUGGUUAAAGAACAAUUAAAAGUAUGGAGC